GCCCAUGUGCUAUCAAUCAAUGACCCACCCAUCAUCAUCCAUUCUCGAUGUUUCCUGAAACAAACAUAGUUUAAGAGAAUCAAAAUCACCCUUUUAUUCUCAUCCAAACUCCCCUCAAUCAUGCACAAUUAGUUCAAGAUUGUCUCAAAGUUCAAGAUUCCAUGUGGGUAUUCAAGAAUAUGUGAUUUUAGCUAAUCUUCAUCAAUAAAGGUGAAAAAAAGAUGGGUACUAGUGGGGAUUACAAGACAAUUGUUUGGUUUAGGAGGGAUCUGAGGAUAGAAGAUAAUCCAGCACUUUCAGCAGCUGCAAGAGAUGGGUCUGUUCUUGCUGUGUUCAUAUGGUGCCCUAAAGAAGAACAGCAGUUUUAUCCGGGUCGGGUUUCGAGAUGGUGGUUAAAGCAGUCUUUGAUCCAGUUGGGACACUCUUUGAAGACUCUUGGGGCUGAUCUUGUGUUGAUGAAAGCUCAGAGUACUAUGUCUGCUCUUAUUGAAUGCAUUAGUGCUACUGGUGCAAACAAAGUUGUGUUUAAUCAACUCUAUGAUCCCGUUUCACUUGUUCGUGAUCACGUUAUAAAACAAAAGCUUGGGGAACUCGGUGUUCCUGUUCAAACAUACAAUGCGGACUUGUUGUAUGAACCAUGGGAAGUAUACAACGAUGAAGGCUAUGCUUUUACAACCUUCGAUGCAUACUGGGACACAUGUUUGAAAAUGCAAAAAGAUCCUAUUAUGCGCCUUCCUCCGCGCAAAUUGGUUCAAGCCCGAGGAUCAGUGGAAGAUUGUACAAUAGAGGAACUCGGUCUUGAAGACGAUUCGGAAAAAUCAAGUAACGCGUUAUUAGGAAGAGCGUGGACGCCAGGUUGGAUCCACGCAGAAAAAGCUCUUACCAACUUCAUAGAAAACCAUCUUCUCGAUUACGCAAACGAUCGACAAAAAGUGACCGACAGCUCCACUUCAAUUCUAUCCCCAUACAUCCAUUUCGGCGAAAUCAGUAUUCGGAAAGUUUAUCACAGUGUGAUAAUGAAGCAGAUUCUAUGGGCAAAACAACCAAACCACCCCGGAGAAACGAGCGUUACGUGUUUUCUUAAAUCCAUCGGGCUUCGAGAGUAUUCGCGAUAUAUAUGUUUUAACUUCCCGUUUACUCAUGAAAAAUCGCUUCUAAGCAACUUGAAGUAUUUUCCGUGGGAAGGUAACCAAUCACAUUUUAAGUCGUGGAGACAGGGUCGAACCGGUUAUCCGUUGGUUGAUGCGGGAAUGCGAGAACUUUGGGCAACGGGAUGGCUACACAAUAAGAUUAGAGUGAUUACCGCGAGUUUUUUGGUUAAAUGUUUAUUGUUGCCGUGGCAAUGGGGGAUGAAGUAUUUUUGGGAUACGUUGUUGGAUGCGGAUCUCGAAUGUGAUAUUCUUGGUUGGCAAUAUAUAUCGGGGAGCCUGCCAGAUGGACACGAGCUUCAUCGUCUUGAUAGCCCUGAGGUUCAGGGAUUCAAGUUUGACCCUAAGGGUGAAUACGUUCGACAGUGGCUACCCGAGCUAUCACGAGUGCCUACGGAAUGGAUCCAUCAUCCAUGGAAUGCCCCUUUGUCUGUUCUCCAAGCUGCAGGAGUCGAAUUAGGGUUAAACUAUCCAAAACCGAUCAUCGAUAUUGAAAUCGCAAGAGACCGUUUAACAAGUGCCAUACUACAAAUGAAGGAAAAAGAAUCCGCUUCAAAGCAAGACAACGGUGAAGGAACAAAUGAAGUCGUGGUCGAUAACUGCGGUCCUGAAAACCCGCCGAUUCCUAAAGUUUUUCUUCGAAAAGAAAAGAAGCCGUGCCCUUCAUCAUCCUCUAACGAUCAAAAGGUACCCUCGAUGCAUAAGGAUGUUACGGUACCAAAUAAUAAUAAUUAUAAUAAUGAUAGAAAAAGAUCAAAGGGUUUAGAACUAGAAGAAGGGCAAGAACCGGAUGAAUAUAAUUUGCAUGACUGCAAGACAGGAAGCGGGUACUUGGAAACCGACGAUGAUUUGUGUUCGACGGCUGUAUCGUCCUCGGCUAGUAAGAAACUGAAACAGGCUGCUGGUACAAGUAAUUUCGGUUCAUCGUCGUUUCCGAUAAAGGAAAACUGUUGAUCACUUAUGUGUUAUAUAUUUGUUUUCUUUUUGGUGAGCCAUGUUUGAAUUUUGAACAGAGAUGUUAACGCUUUUAAUGCUCGUCUGUUAGAACGAGCGAUCUCUGUAUUAGACUCGUGCUGGUUGGUCUUGUUUGGCUUCCAAAUGUGUGAAUUUUGUGCUA